AAAAUGACUCAUCUUUAGAAAGGCAGCUUUUAAUAUUGCUUAUCGUUGUAGGUCUGGCCCUAUCUACCUGGAAAAUUGCCACUAUUUGAAAUGACAUCUAUAUAUCCUUUCGAUCUUGGCUUGUAUAAGCGAAUCAUCUCGACUACUUCCCCCGAAAGCCAGACAUGGUUCGACCGUGGACUCAUAUGGGCAUAUGCCUUUAAUCAUGAGGAAUCUGUCUUUUGCUUCGAGCAAGCCGCUAUCUCCGACCCUGACUGCGCAAUGGCCUAUUGGGGGUUGGCAUAUAGCCUGGGGCCAAACUAUAACAAGCCAUGGUCGUUCUUUGAUAACAAAGAUCUGACCGAUGCAGUUCGGCGUGGCCACAAUGCCGCCCGUACGGCCAUAGCUAAGAUGUCGGCCUGCACUCCAGUUGAGCAAGCCCUUAUCAAAGCACUUCAGCAACGCUAUCCACAAGAGAAGCCGGAUCAUUGCUCUUCUUGGAACCAGGGUUUUGCCAACGCAAUGGAACUGGUACAUAAGGAUUUUCCGGACGAUUUGGAUGUUAUCACGCUAUAUGCAGACGCUUUGAUGAACUUGAACCCAUGGAAUCUCUGGGAUUUAAAAACAGGAGAACCUAUUGCCGGAGCUCACACACUGAAGAUCAAGACAUUACUUGAUAAUGGCCUGAAGCUCAAUGGAUCUUUGAAGCAUCCCGGCUUACUCCACAUGUAUAUCCAUCUGAUGGAAAUGUCUCCUACACCUGAAGCUGCUCUUCCAACGGCCAACCACCUGCGUGGGCUCGUACCUGACGGAGGACAUUUACACCACAUGCCAACUCAUCUCGACGUGCUCUGUGGACAUUACCAAGCAGCCAUUGACUCAAACUCAGAGGCGAUCAAAGCUGAUGAUAAGUAUCUAUCUAAAGCUGGGCCCCUGAACUUUUAUUCUCUAUAUCGAUGCCACGAUCUUCAUUUUCGAGUUUAUGCCGCUAUGCUUGCGGGGCAGUUCAAAGUUUGCAUUGAUACUGCUGAUCAGUUAGAGUCUACUAUCCCAAAGGGUCUUCUUCAAAUCGAGUCUCCGCCUAUGGCUGACUGGCUCGAAGCGUUUCUGAGCCUCCGUGCCCAUAUCUUGGUCAGGUUCGGAAGAUGGCAGGACCUAAUUGAUAUGAAGCUACCGGAAGACAAGGGAUUAUACUGUAUGACCACGUCAAUCAUCUUGUAUGCGAAGAGUGUAGCUUUUGCUGCUACUGGGAGAGUAUCGGAAUCGGAACACCAUCGAGGGCUUUUCCAUAAAUCCCUAGAGAGAGUUCCAUCCUCACGCACUCUUUUCAACAACAAGUGUCUAGAUAUUCUUCGAGUGGCUGAGGCUAUGCUCGAUGGUGAACUGGAAUACCGGCGAAAGAAUUAUGAUGUCGCCUUUGAGCACCUUCGUGAGGCUAUUCUUCGGGAGGAUAAUCUCCCUUACGACGAACCCUGGGGAUGGAUGCAGCCUACCCGCCAUGCAUAUGGUGCCCUGCUGAUGGAGCAGGGAUACCUCGAGCAGGCAGUUGAGGUUUAUAAGACAGACUUGGGACUCAACGAUAACCUCCCUCGAGCUUUGAGGCACCCUAAUAAUGUGUGGGCACUGCACGGUCUUCACGAAAGUUUGUUGAGAUUGGGGAGAAAUCCAGAGGCUAAGGAUAUUGAAGGCCACUUACAAAAAGCACUAGCAGGUUCUGACGUUUCUAUUAAUGCCUCUUGCUAUUGCAGACUAGGAAAUUAAGAAUGUACACAUAGAUCAAUACUUGUUUUAAUACUUUUAGUUUCUAGUUGUGGUGAAAUAUGGGUUGCCAAACCGUGGAGCUUGUCGUUGUUGGAGAAAAUGGUGAUAACAAAGAGUGUUGAUUUAGG